CAAUAACUGGGGGCCCUAGGCAUUUUGUAUCUAUGCCAUUCGCUAAAAGCCCCGGAAAUCAAUGGCAGAUUCCUGUUUCUUUGAAGUAAAAUUGAGUAGCAGUGCACUGACUCAUAGAGGUCUCUCACAAGAGUUUACGCUGCCUAAUAUCAACUCCAUUUGCAUUGAGACGUACUGCCCCGAUUAAGACGCAAUGGAACUUCUCACAGUUUUUAUAUAUUUUAUUUUUGUAGACAUGGCUUUCGCGGGAACUAACGCAAUACAUUGGUCAUAUAAAGAGGGAGAUCUGGACCAGAUGCACUGGUCGGACGAAUACCCCGAGUGCGGCGGACAGAACCAAUCCCCCAUUGACAUCCAGCGUAGGAGCGUGCGGCACGACCCGCAGAUGUUGCACUUGGAACUUUUGGGCUACGAAGCGCAGAAAGGCAACUUCAGGAUGACCAACAACGGACAUUCAGUGCAAAUCGCUCUGCCCCCCACCAUGGUCAUCGCUGGGGGGCUCCCGGACCGCUACACGGCCGUCCAGAUGCACCUGCACUGGGGGGGGUGGGACCUGGAGGCCAGCGGGGCGGAGCACACCAUAGACGGCAUCCGCUACAUGGCCGAGCUGCAUGUUGUCCAUUACAAUUCUGACAAGUACGCAAGCUUUGCUGAGGCCAAGGAUAAGCCUGGAGGUUUGGCUGUGCUGGCGUUUUUUUACGAGGACGGGCAUUUUGAGAACACUUACUACAGCGAUUUCAUCGCCAACCUGGCCAAAGUCAAGUACGCAGGGCAGUCCACGAAUCUCCCCAAUCUAAACGUGCGCUCCAUGUUUCCCGAGAAUCUGAACCACUUCUUCAGGUACCAGGGAUCGCUGACUACACCCCCGUGUUAUGAAAGCAUUAUAUGGACCGUGUUUGACACUCCGAUCACGCUCUCCCACAACCAGAUCAGGAAGCUGGAGAGCACGCUGAUGGACAACGAGAACAAGACCCUGUGGAACGACUACCGCAUCGCGCAGCCGCUGAACGACCGCGUGGUGACGUCCUCCUUCCUGCCGCGGCUCGGGAGAGGAACAUUUUGCAGACAGGAAGAAAUCGAGGCCAAGCUGCUGAAGAUUGAGGGGCUUAUCGUAAGCCUGGGGAGCCACAUACACUCAGAUGGUGGGGCAGUAGUGACAUCCAAGAAAGGCCCUCGAGUUAUCGUCCCCCUGGUGCUCCACUUCACGGAGAGGAGCGUGGGGAGCUACGUGAAGGUGCACCACGGACACUCCUUGGCCCUCCGCUCGUUCUCCGUCUGCAUGCACGUCCGCACCCACACCAGCGCCGUCCACACCGUCCACACCGUCCACACCGUCCUGUCCUACUCCACCGCCGGCCACGACAACGAGCUCGUCGUCGCCGUGGGCUACGAGGUGGGCCUGUGGAUCGGCAACGAGUUCGUCAACUUCCCCCACAACCUGCAGUCCCGCGACUGGAGCAGCUACUGCCUGACCUGGGCGUCCCACUCCGGGGGGGCGGAGCUCUGGAUCAACGGCAUGGUGGGGGAGGAGCAGUACCUGCGGAGCGGCUACGAGCUGCAGCCCGGCGGGACCCUCGUUUUGGGGAAGGACCAGGACGGCUUCCUGGGCGUGUCCGACUCGGACGCCUUCGUGGGCCAGAUGACGGACGUGAACGUGUGGGACUACGUGCUCAGCGCCUCCGAGAUCCGCGACCAGAUGUCGUGCGAGAGCAGCGCGUUCAGGGGCAACGUGCUCAGCUGGGGGGUGACCCACCUCAGCCUCUACGGAGGGGUGCAGCUGGAGGCUGAACACCGGUGUCCCUGAGGGACGACCCGUCCAGACCAAUCCAGUCCCAACGCUGGCAAGUCGCUACUGUCAUUAUGCCUGCAGUGCAAUGUAACACAGUGCUUCGCAGCUUGCUAAGAGGUCCGCAGAAAAUAAAGGCUUAAAGGUCAGUUAGAAAUCCAAUGAAUUCAGUAAAAUAUCAAAUGUAUACUCCUAAAACAAACUAUUUGAAGGACAUUAUUUCAUAUGAUUCUGAAAAAACUGAAAUCUAUUAUCAGCCACUGCAUCUGUUACAUGAUAAGUGACAAUAUGAUUUGCAUACUCACAGGGCAGUUAUAAGAUAAACUAAGGGUUCCAUGGUCUACAGGUUUGUCAUAUUCAUAUCUGUUUAUCAAAUAUUGAACAGCUGGGCACAGGCCAUUAUUUUAUGUUUACAUGUUUAUGCUACACUGCUCAACUUCAUAGACAAACGGAAAAGCAGGGAUGAAGUGUUGACAGUAAGCCUGACAUACUUGCUGUCAGCACACAAAGAGCUGUACUAUUGUUGCUUUCAAUGACGUCAAGCCUAGACUACACUUUUUGAAAAUAAAACUUUAUUUCACCUCUG